AUGGACCAAGCGGUUAAGAAGACAGGUAGCCAUGCAUCAUUACGGGACAAGUCCGUCACUCGUGUGAGCGGACGAAAGCUGUUACGGACGCCAAAAUGUGCCCGCUGUCGGAACCAUGGAGUGGUGUCCUGUCUGAAAGGCCACAAGCGGUUCUGUAGGUGGCGCGACUGUCAAUGUCCUAAUUGUCUCCUGGUGGUGGAACGCCAACGCGUGAUGGCAGCUCAAGUGGCACUCAGGAGACACCAAGCCUCAGAGAUGACCAUCAAUUUGAAGGACAAAGUCAAGACGGCAACACAAAUACUCCAACAACGCAAACUGCUACAGCGCAAUCUCAGAAGCCUACAACAACAUUCAAUGCCACGUGAUGUACUUUCCAAGUACAGAUGCAAACCAGCAAUUUACAACUCAGAGGAAAAACACUUGCCUCCUAUUUUCAAUGAACGCAUGCGCAAAAGAAGAUGUUUUGCGGAUAAAGAGCUUGAACUUGCAAUGUUUGAACGUGAAAGACAAAACGAAAUGUUACAAACGAAAGUAAAAGGAAGUAACUCCCUAGAAACCGGACAUUCUCUAACCGGACUUGUUGGGAUGGACACCUCAGAGAUGACAACUGCGUCGCCUUGUGCACCACGUGAUGUCUUACAGCAAGUCUUUCCCUUUCACAGCUCGAGUGUGUUAGAACUGGUCUGGCAGGGUUGUCAUGGAAAUCUCCAGAAAGCUAUUCAACAAAUCGCAUGCAAUGUACCACGCAUCCAGUCAUGUCUUUCUUCAGUUCCGGUAGCGGAUAUUGUUCAUCGUAACAUGUUUCCUUUUAUCAAAGAUUCCAACUAUAUGGGCCUAGAGCAUGUGAAGGGACCGGAUGUUAAUGUCUCCGGUCUUUUGAACAAGUGUAAGACGAACGAAAAUACAAAAAAUGUGGAUAUACCAAUUUGUGAAUCAAACGACACUAAAGCGCGAGAAAAAUAUACAAGACACGCUAAUGGUGAAGUAGUGGCAACUAAAACAGCCAGGCUCAAGUUUUCUGUUGCUGCAAUUAUCGGAGAAUCAUAA